AUGGCGACGCUCAGCAUUCCUCAGCCCGUCCCGUCCCCCUUGGAGGACGCAGAGGCCCUCAGGAAGGCCUGCCAGGGUGAGUUCUUGAACUCGGUGCUCGCCUUUAGAUUCUCUUGGAAAGGUUUCUGGAUCGUGUGGCUUUUGGAAUUCCCGGAUCUGGUUUCUGAUUUGUCCCGAUUUGAGCUAACGGCCCCUGUUUCUCCGAUCCUCUGCAUAUGAUACCUUCAAGGUAUCUCUAGCCACCGCCACGAAGUGUAGCGGAUGAUCAUUCGAGGCUCGUGCUUGUAGUGUCUGGAGAUGAAUAUUUUUAUGGGGUUUAAACGUCGGGCGGGGGCUGUCUCUUGAUGAUCGAUGACUGUGUACUGGACAGGGUGGGGUACGGAUGAGAAGGCGGUGAUAGAGAUACUGGCACACAGAGGCGCCGUCCACCGGACACAGAUCAGGCUGGCCUACAAGGAGCUCUACAAGGAGGACCUCGUCAAGCGCCUCGAGUCGGAGCUCUCCGGAGACUUCGAGGUAAGCCAACCACGAUCAAUUCUUGCUCCUAGAAACAGAGGAAGAUCCAAGGGUCCCCAAUCUUUUCCUUAACAAAGUAAUUGGCGGCGAGGGGUUCUUCCGCUCUCCGAGUUCAUGUUUAGGAUGGGCGUGCGUACUUAUUCCAUGUGUGGAUCCAGAGAGCGGUUUACCGUUGGAUUUUCGAGCCCCUGGAGAGGGAGGUCAUCAUCGCCAACAUCGCAGUGAAAGCGAGGAUCGACUACCGCGUCAUCAUCGAGACUGCGUGCAUCAACUCCCCACCCGAGCUCCUCGCCGUGAAGCAGGCCUACCAGGCCCGCUACAAGCGCUCCCUCGAGGAAGAUGUCGCCUCGCACACCUCUGGCGACCUCCGCAAGGCAUCUUCCUCCUAUCCCACAGCACCCCAACCAGGUGCCAUCCUAUGUUUAUAUCCGACCCCCCUGAUCAAGUGUUGCUUCUGCAGUUCCUAGUGCCUCUGGUGGCGUCGCACAGGUAUGGUGGGGAGGAGGUUGAUCCGAGCUUGGCCCUGACGGAGGCGCGGAUCCUCCAUGACGCCAUCAAGCAGAAUGCCUUCAACCAUGAGGAGAUCACCAGGAUACUUACAACCAGGAGCAGGUUCCAGCUGAACGCAACCUUCAACCGCUUCAAAGACGAGUUCGGCGUCUCCGUGACCAAGGUCGGACGAGCUCUACCAUCCAUGGAAAUCUCCAACUCCCAGACCCCGCUCCGCUCUUACCUUUCAUCGAACUAACCGAUAAUACAGGGUCUGUCGAGCUCAGAGUGUCCAGACGAUCUCUUGUCAUCUCUGCGCGUUGCGAUCCGCUGCAUCAGUUCCCCUCACAAGUACUUGGAGAAGGUGAUUACUCGUCACCAGCACUCCCCCAUCGAAAUAUUUACCCUCCCCUCACGUUGGUAUCCGUAUCCGACGGACCACCCCGACAUCUCAGGCCCUGCGCAACGCGCUGAAGAAGCCAGGAGCCGACGCUGACGUCCUCACGCGAGUGAUCACCACCCGCGCGGAGAAGGACCUCAAGGUGAUCAAGGAGCUCUACCUCCACCGGACCAACACCUCCCUGGAUCAUGCCAUCGCCAAGGAGACCUCCAACGACUACAAGAGCUUCCUCCUUGCUCUCAUCGGGAACUAA